UGUUGUGGUGGAUGUUGGGUGUCGCUUCGCUCAGGCGGAGUCAGUCGCACGCUUGAGCGCGUACAAUACGGAGUGCACCAGUGAAACAGUUCAGUGCGAGAAGUGAAGUGUUUGUGAAUUUACUUUUGAGAACGCGAGCUGUUAAUCAGCAAAAUGUUGAACCCAUUUAUGGAUAGCGGCCACAUGGGUUCGCUCAUGGGCCACAAGCUCAGUCCGCCGACCCACCACAUGGGCGCGGAGAGCAUCGCCCACACGCAGGGCAACCAGUAUAACAACGGGUACGGCAUGUCCCACCACACCAUGCACCACGGCCACAUGGGAACGUACCCGAGAGAACUUUUCCUGCGGAGAGACCACAUGACGUCGCUAGGGACGCUCGGCACGCACGAGCUGGCCAACAACCAGCACCACACGAUGUUCGGGGCGACGCUGGGCGGCCACGACCCGUCCACGAUGAUGUUCCCCGGCCUGCAUGACGCCCACCACGGUCACAUGAACAACAUGAACCGCCUGGCCGGCAUGGACUGGUCGCACCAGCAGAUGGGCUCGCAGGUGUACCACGGCAUGAACCACAUGAACAUGAACCCCAUGGCGGCGGCCCACGCGCCCGGCGCCUUCUUCAGGUACAUGAGACAGCCCAUCAAGCAGGAGCUGUCGUGCCUGUGGGUGGACCAGGACCAGCCCAACCCCAAGAAGCCGUGCAACAAGACCUUCACCAGCAUGCACGAGAUCGUGACGCACAUCACGGUGGAGCACGUGGGCGGCCCCGAGUGCACGAACCACGCGUGCUACUGGCAGAGCUGUCCGCGGAACGGCCGCUCCUUCAAAGCCAAGUACAAGCUGGUGAACCACAUACGGGUGCACACGGGCGAGAAGCCCUUCCCAUGCCCCUUCCCCGGGUGCGGCAAGGUCUUCGCGCGCUCCGAAAACCUCAAGAUCCACAAAAGAACUCACACGGGAGAGAAGCCGUUCAAGUGCGAGUACGAGGGCUGCGACCGGAGAUUCGCCAACUCGUCGGACCGCAAGAAGCACUCGCACGUGCACACGUCCGACAAGCCGUACAACUGCAAGGUGCGCGGCUGCGACAAGUCCUACACGCACCCGUCCUCGCUCAGGAAGCACAUGAAGGUGCACGGCAAGUCGCCGCCGCCUUCGGGCUCGGGCUACGAGAGCGACGACUCCACCACCACCAACGGCACGUCCACGUCGUCGUCGCUCGUGUCGUCGUCCAACGCGGGCCAGACGUCGCUGGGCUCGGGGCUCGGCGGCGGCGCGGGCGGCGGCGGCGGCGCGGGUGGAGGCGGCGCGGGCGGCGGCGGCGGCGGCGGCAGCCACUCCACCAACCUGAGCGAGUGGUACGUGUGCCAGAGCGCCGCAGGAAUGCCCACGCCGCCCAGCAACGAGCACAGCCCCGUGGGCGGCCUCACGCACGUGCUGCCGCCCUCGUCGACGGCCUACUAGCAUUGGGCGCGUGGCGGCGGCCCCCCCGCGCCCCCCCUCACCACCUGACGUGCCCUCCUCCGUCUGCCUCCCGCCAGGGACGCGCCAGGAGGAGUACCCACCAUCCCUACUCUCGUCCUCAGUGAUGUACAUAGCGUGUAC